AGGUAAACAGAUUGAAAAGCGUGUACAUACUGCUAAUCCAUCUACCAGGUCGAGUUAUUUUUCAAAUUGGUUGACCAAAAUGAAUAGGCAGAUUCUGAGAGAAGAGAUUCAGAAGAUCUUACAUCGGCUUGCCCAAUUGAAAGCCCAGCAUGGCGACAGAGCCAUAAAUGACCCUGAGUAUGUCGAGUUGGCCAAAAUCAUUAGACAUAUCCAAAGUCAGGCACAGUUGCAACGGCAACAACAACAACAACAGCAGCAGCAACAACAACAGAUGCCCGUGUCGCAAAACCAGCUAUCCAUGCCCGCUACUGGAAAUCCCCACAACAAUUUUUCACAACCUGCUAACAGCAAUGCCCCCAUGAUGAACUCCGCUGAACCUCCUGUCAAUAACCAGAACAUGGGUGCAAUGAACCCCAUGCAAUCACAAAUACCUCCACAACAGCAGCAACCACCUCCAAUACCUCCCCAAUCGCAAGCUCAGGCCACAUUCAACAAUAACCUGGAAAUUGGGGAGAAUAAUUCGCAAGCUGUUGGAGGCUCUGCUUUUACAUCCCAACAGUUUCAAGUCGUCAAAGGUGAAUAUCAAGCAUUACGGUUAUUAUUGAAGAAUCCUGGUCCCAAUAGUGUUCCUAUUCCUCAGAGCUUGGCAGAUUUUGUGACCAACGAGAGACUUGCAUUUGCCCAUGGAAACUAUCUUCCUCUGAACUAUAACGGUAGUGCAAAUACUGCGGUAUCCACUUCACAAGCACCUACACAGGUGCCAACACCAGGAGCCCUCCAACCCCAAUCCCAGAAUAUCAAUGCUACUAUGGGAGCUCAGCAGAUCCCUCCACAAAUAACUCAGUCGAAACCACCAUCUAGGCCCCCUGGGUUUAUUCCUGUUUCUCAUGAACCCCACCCACCUGUGUUAUUGGGAGAGUUCAUAGAUGAUCUGGCCAAGAAGGAAAUGAAGAUAAUUCCGGUUGUACAGCCAAAUGUCCAAGUCGACUGUUUCGAAGUCCCUCACCUUGUGGGUGACGAGAUACAAGACGUACAAUUCCAACAUCUUUAUAGCAAUCAAACCAGAUUUCAACAUCCUAGUUUGUACCCCGAAGGUAUUGACAUGAAAGAGAUAAAGAAGAACAGAGAAGCUUUAAUCAUAUUACAGAUAGAACAACGGCUAGAGUUCUUAAAGAAUGAGUUGAAAAGUGAAUCGGAUGAAGUCAGAAAGGACAAUAUCGAAUUUGCAAUAACUCAGCUUGAGCUUUUACCAUACCAAAAACAAGUAAAGGGUACUCUUCUAUCACAUAUUUGGUUCAGCAAGUCAUUGUUACCUAAUUCACACCCCAACUUCCUUGCCAAGUAUAAGCCAUUAUCCCUUACGAAUGUUAUUGAGAGUCACCAAUUGUACAAGAAACAAGUGUACUCUUUGCUCCAGGCUCAAAACAAGAAACACCAAAACGAAAUGUCAGAGAUAUUCCGCAUCAUCAAUACGAGAAAGAAUGUGACCCAGCUAAAACGUGAUAAAGCAGAAAGGUUCAUCAAUAGGAUCAAUAGUUUCCACAGCCUGGUUGCAAGAGAAGAACAGAAGAAGUUAGAAAGGAUGGCCAAACAGCGUUUGCAAGCGUUGAAGCUGAAUGAUGAAGAAGCUUAUCUUAAGUUGUUAGACCACACCAAGGACACCAGGCUUCAUCAAUUGUUGAGUCAGACUGAUAGUUUCUUGGACACAUUAGCCCAAGCUGUGGUUACCCAGCAGAAGGAAGCUGGUGGUGAGAUUUUAGGUAUGUCAGAAGAAGAAAGGCGGGAAAAACUUGAUUAUUAUGAAGUAGCCCAUCGUGUUAAGGAAGAAGUAAAAAGACAACCGACCAUUCUUGUUGGAGGUACAUUGAAAGAAUACCAAGUGAAGGGGUUAGAAUGGAUGAUUUCUUUAUACAAUAACCAUUUGAAUGGUAUUUUAGCAGAUGAAAUGGGUUUGGGUAAAACCAUUCAAACCAUCUCCUUGAUCACUUAUUUGGUUGAGACAAAACGUGUACCAGGUCCGUUCUUGGUCAUUGUACCUUUAUCGACCUUGACGAAUUGGAAUAUUGAAUUCGAUAAAUGGGCCCCAACUAUUAAGAAGAUUACUUACAAAGGUACUCCAAUUCAACGUAAGAGUUUACAAUACGAGGUGAAGACCGGAAAUUUCCAAAUAUUAUUGACAACUUUUGAAUACAUCAUCAAGGAUAGAAACUUGUUGUCCAAGAUUAAAUGGAUCCAUAUGAUUAUCGAUGAAGGUCACCGUAUGAAAAAUGCUAAUUCCAAAUUAUCUGAAACCUUGACCCAUCAUUAUCACAGUGAUCAUAGAUUAAUUUUAACUGGUACUCCAUUACAAAACAACUUACCAGAAUUAUGGGCAUUGUUGAACUUUGUUUUACCCAAGAUCUUUAAUUCGGUCAAGUCCUUCGACGAAUGGUUCAAUACCCCAUUCGCAAACACCGGUGGUCAAGAUAAAAUAGAAUUGAACGAAGAAGAGACCUUAUUGAUCAUCAGAAGAUUGCAUAAGGUUUUAAGACCAUUUUUGUUGAGAAGAUUGAAGAAAGAUGUUGAGAAAGACUUACCUAAUAAAGUGGAGAAGGUUGUUAAAUGUAAGAUGUCUUCCAUCCAGUCGAAGUUGUAUCAACAAAUGUUGAAGCACAAUAUUUUGUAUACCAGUGAUGAAAACGGGGAACCUGUCAUCAUUAAGAAUGCAAACAAUCAAAUCAUGCAAUUGAGAAAGAUCUGUAACCAUCCUUUUGUGUAUGAGGAAGUCGAGAAUAUGCUUAACCCUAGAUCGGAAACAAAUGAUGAUAUCUGGAGAGUGGCAGGUAAAUUCGAGUUAUUGGAUCGUAUUUUACCUAAAUUUAAAGCUACUGGACACAGAGUUUUAAUUUUCUUCCAAAUGACCCAAAUCAUGGACAUCAUGGAGGAUUUCUUGAGAUUAAGAAACUUACAGUAUAUGAGAUUGGAUGGUGGAACAAAAGCUGACGACAGAACUCAGCUAUUGAAACGCUUCAACGCUCCUAAUUCUGAGUAUUUCUGUUUCUUAUUAUCCACUAGAGCGGGUGGUUUGGGUUUGAAUUUGCAAACUGCCGAUACUGUUAUCAUUUUUGAUACCGAUUGGAACCCUCAUCAAGAUUUACAGGCUCAGGAUAGAGCCCAUAGAAUUGGUCAAAAGAAUGAGGUAAGAAUCUUAAGAUUAAUCACCGAAGACUCUGUCGAAGAAAUGAUCUUAGAGAGAGCACACGCUAAAUUGGAAAUUGAUGGAAAGGUUAUUCAAGCUGGUAAGUUCGAUAAUAAGUCCACUGCAGAAGAACAAGAGGCCUUGUUAAGAGCAUUGAUUGAAAAGGAAGAAGAAAGAAAACUUAACCUGGAAGAUAGUGAUGAGAAUCUCGAUGAUGAUGAGUUGAAUCAGGUUAUUGCCAGAAAUGUUGGAGAGCUUGAUGUCUUCAAGCGCCUUGAUGACCAAAGAAUCAGUACAACCAGGGAAGCGUUGUAUCCUAGUAGAUUAUUAAGUGAGCAAGAGUUGCCUGCUCUUUUCCAAAGAGACCCAGAAUCGGUUCUUAAGAAAGAUGAGAUCAGACCCGAUGAAUACGGAAGAGGUAAUAGAGAGAGAAAGGUUGCUAAUUAUGACGACCACUUGACUGAAGAGCAGUGGUUAAAACAAAUUGAUGGAGUUGCUUCGGAAAGUGAUGGUGAAGACUCUAGACCCAAGCGUUCGAAAAGUAGACCAAAAGCAAAACCUAGGCGUACUACUCAAGAUCUUGACGACUUCGUUGUGGAUUAUGAUUCUGAUAAUGAUGAUCUGUUGAAGCGUGCCAACUCUAACGAUUCAAGUGCAGUUGACAGUAAGAAACAAAGGUCAGCUACUCCUUUAUCAGCCAGGUCGAGAGCAAGACCUCCCAGAAUCCGGAAUAGAGCUAAGGGAGGUCGUAGCAGACCUGCAACUUUGAUUCGUCAAACCCCUACCUUGGAUCCUCUUGCAGAGAAGGAAAGAGAAGUUCUUCAAAAUCAAGCAGAUUUGAUUUAUGAAGUGGUCCUCAACUAUAAGGAUGAUUCAGGAAGAAACUUGAGUGAAUUGUUUUUGGUCAAGCCAUCCAGAAAGUUAUACCCAGACUAUUACGUUUUGAUUAAGAACCCACUCGCGUUUGAUACUGUCAAGAAGAGAAUCACUUCAAGAACCUAUACCAGUAUUCGUGAACUUCUCGAGGACCUUCAUUUGAUAUUCAGCAAUGCCAGGAAAUUUAACGAAGAAGGAUCGAUUGUUUAUGAAGAUGCCAACUUAUUGGAGUCUGUGGCAUUUGAAAAAUAUAAGGAGUUAUCUGAUGAAAGCGAAGAACAAGUUUCCAAGAUCCUUAAUUUUGAUGAUUUCGAAGAGCAGUAUGGAUUAAGAAAGGAAGAAGCUGAGCCAGCGCUGGAACAAUCUUCUGAACCAGAGCCAGAACCACAACCGCAGCAACAACCACCAUCACCAUCAAGGCUAGAAGUAGAGGUUGAUGAUCUGAUAGGGAAACAUAUAGAGGAAGAUGAUCUUGGGCUUCCUGAUAUUCCUGGUCUAGAUGAUGACGAUGACUUGAUGUCCAGCCAUCUAAACGAUUUAGAUCUCCCUCAUGAUAUUGAUUUUGAACACUAGUUAUAAUCAAUUCUAUUAAGAUAACGGAAGCUAAUAAAUGUAACAUUAUGUAACCCGAAGACACUAUAGAAUUACAGAACCAACUGGUUCAAAAUAAGACCAAGACCAAGACCAGCCCAGUCAGCGACUGUUUUCGACUAGUAGUACCAAACAAAAAGCCAUAGGCUCAUAUCUAAGUUCAUAUUUCAGAAUAUGAUGGGAGCUGGUCAUCUAUUUGAGUGUUAUUGACAGCGUCGUUCAAUAUAGAGUUGAAAACUUCGACGAAUUGGAAAAGACCCCCAUCAUUAAACUUAACUUGACCCUUAAAAUAUUCAUUUUUAGGAAAACCAUCACUUGCAAUAGAAGGAGUCGGAGUACUGAAAAAGAUGAAUUCCCAGUAAUUAGGUCCAAACCAUGGAGACUUGAGUUCAUGGCUGAACUGUAAUCUUGGACUUAGAGUAAGAUCCACCAGAAAUGUGCUAACAUCUCCCUGAGAAGCUGUGAUGUAUAUGAACCUCUUUGUCGUUAAGUAGAUGAAUCCAUCUUUAGUAUUAAUGUGCACGGAGUUAUCGCUUUGUUUCAGUACAAUGGAUAAACUCUGUCUUGGGCUUGAAGAAGAGAACCUGAUAACUUCAGAUCCAUCAGAAGCCAACACAAAAGGCAACUCGCUAGUGCCUAAUAGCUUCAGAUAAUUGUCUUUAAGGACAACGUUAUUUAUGGACAUUUGUAGUAUCAAUGACGCUUCCGAAUUU